GAGCAGAGGGUGAGUGAGAAAAGAGAGAGCAAGAGAGUGCGUGUGUGAAUAUACGUGUGCGCGUGUGUGUGUAUGUGUGUGUGUGUGUGUGUGUUUGAUGUUAUUUGUGACGGAAUCCCCCCUUCAGUCUCCAAGAAUCUGCGAGCGGUGCGAGAAGGAGGAGGAGGAGGAGGUGGAGGAGGACAGGAGAAGAGGAGGAGGAGGAGGAGGCGCGCGGACCUGUCCACGAGCCCUCACUGCGGAACGCGCGGGGCUGCCGCUGGAGAUCCCAAACCAACCGUUGUUUUGGAUUCUAGAGUCUAACUGAUCCCCGCACACCAGCGGCUUUUUCUCACCCCCCCUUUUUUCCCCAGUUUGUCUCCGCCGUUAAAUGGACGGUGUUUGACACCUUAACCGAGAGGAAUACUACCUAUCUACCGGGGGAGGUGGUGGCGGAGGGGGAAGGUCUUCAGAGGCAGACAGGUGGAUUUAUCCUCGUGAUGGUGUGUUUUGGGGGGGACUGGAUGGAGGAGAAAUUGAUGGAUUAAUUUGACGGAGGAGAGUCGUAUGUGAUUCCCACUCCUGCCGAGGGCACCCGAAUGGAGUAACAGGCUGCAAUGUCAUCUCCACCUGGCCGCCUGGAGAGAUGUGUCACGGGAAUGGGAUCAAGUUUGAACACUUUUCCUCUGGUUUGACCGACGCUGUGAGAAGGAAGCAAAAUGCCAGUAAACGGACAGGUCAUGGUGGCUGCCUGCACGGGCCCUCACACCACGGCAGUAAAACUCAGCAUUCAUCGCACGGACUCCGAAGAAGAAGGCGCAAAACCCCCGCGACCGCAAACCCGCAGCAGCCACGCUUUGUGACAACGAAGGGUAUGAUGGGUGUAGUGGGCUGGAUGUUGCUCCUACUCUCCCAGAUGAUGGUGCCUGUGGCAUCCCAAAAGCCUCCAGGACUCAGUGUGGGUGUGAUCAUGGGCCAGACGCGCCACAUUUCCGACCAGCUGCUCCGUCCACCUCGGCGCCCUGAUGAUGCCCUCGACGUUUCCGUGGUAAUACUGAGGAUCAACCAGACUGACCCAAAGUCUGUCAUCACGCAGGUGUGUGAGCUUCUGUCACGCACUCGUCUCCAUGGCAUUGUGUUUGCCGACGGCACCGAUCAGGAGGCCAUUGCCCAGAUCCUUGACUUCCUCUCCGUUCAGACACAACUUCCUGUGCUGGGGGUCCAUGGAGGCUCCUCGAUGAUUAUGGCUGACAAGGAUGAGAAGUCCACGUUCUUCCAGUUCGGCGCGGCUCUGCAGCAGGAGGCUCUGCUCAUGCUUGCCAUCAUGGAGGAGUAUGACUGGCACGUUUUUUCUAUUGUCACUUCCAAGUUCCCUGGGUACCAGGAAUUCAUCAGCACACUGAAGAUAACUGUGGAUCACAGCUUUGUGCGCUGGGACCUGCAGAGUGUGGUGACUCUCGAUGCUGUAGAUGGCGACCCAAACUCUAAAUCACAUAUUGCCCUCAAGAGAAUCCAGAGUCCUGUUAUACUGCUGUACUGCUCCAAGGACGAGGCCGUGUAUAUACUAGAGGAAGCUCGGUCCUUGGGCCUGAUAGGAGCCGGUUACAUCUGGAUUGUUUCCAGUCUCACCACUGGCAACCCAGACUUCACCCCAGAGAUGUUUCCCCUGGGUAUGAUCUCCGUGUCCUACGACGACUGGGAGUACCCGCUGGACACGCGGGUCCGAGACGGGGUGGGCAUCAUAUCCUCAGCGGCCACCUCCAUGCUGCGGGAGAAGGGGGAGCUGCCAGAGGCCCAGAGCAGCUGCUACAGCACACCGUCAGACAGGAGCCCAGGGAAGCUCCCACCUAGUGCUCUGCGCAGGCACAUGAUGCAUGUAUGGAACGAAGGGCGAGAUUUGUCCUUUACUCCAGAUGGUUACCAGGCCAACCCUAAAUUGGUUGUCAUCGUCCUGAAUAGUGAAAGGAAGUGGGAGAAGAUGGGGCGUUGGGAGAACGGGACGUUGUCGUUGAUGUUUCCAGUGUGGCCGAGGUACAACUCCUACGGGGAUGAGGAUGCAGAUGAAAACCAUCUCUCCAUCGUCACCCUGGAGGAGAAACCUUUCGUCAUUGUCGACAACGUGGACAUCCUCACGGGCACUUGCAUGAGAAACUCCGUGCCCUGCCGCAAGCAUGUCAAAGAUAACAGCACAUCAGGAGGUGCCUACAUUAAGCAGUGCUGCAAGGGAUUCUGCAUUGACAUCCUGAAGAAGAUAGCUCGGAACGUCAAGUUUACUUAUGACCUCUACCUGGUCACAAAUGGAAAACAUGGCAAGAAGAUAAACAACGUGUGGAACGGCAUGGUUGGAGAGGUGGUUUAUAAGAAGGCGGUGAUGGCAGUCGGAUCAUUGACCAUCAAUGAGGAGAGGUCAGAGGUCAUUGACUUCUCUGUGCCCUUCGUGGAGACGGGCAUCAGCGUCAUGGUGUCUCGCAGCAAUGGGACCGUCUCUCCCUCCGCCUUCCUCGAGCCCUUCAGUGCAUCAGUGUGGGUGAUGAUGUUUGUGAUGCUGCUCAUUGUCACAGCCAUCGCUGUCUUCCUUUUUGAGUUCGUGAGUCCGCUGGGCUUCAACCGCAACUUGGCCCAAGGCAAAGACCCACAUGGUCCGUCGUUCACCAUCGGUAAGGCCAUAUGGCUGCUGUGGGGUCUGGUGUUUAACAACUCUGUGCCCGUGCAGAACCCAAAGGGCACCACCAGUAAGUUCAUCGUGUCAGUGUGGGCCUUCUUUGCCGUCAUCUUCCUGGCCUCCUACACUGCCAACCUGGCUGCCUUCAUGAUCCAGGAAGAGUUUGUGGACCAAGUCACCGGACUGUCUGACAAGAAGUUUCAGAGUCCAUACUCCUAUUCCCCUCCAUUUCGCUUUGGGACUGUUCCUAACGGCAGCACAGAGCGCAACAUCAGGAAGAACUAUCCAGAUAUGCAUCAGUACAUGACCAAAUACCAUCAGAGUGGCGUGCAGGAUGCGCUGGUCAGCCUCAAGACUGGAAAACUGGAUGCUUUCAUUUACGACGCUGCCGUGCUGAACUACAUGGCGGGCAGAGACGACGGCUGUAAGCUGGUCACCAUCGGCAGCGGUUACAUCUUUGCCACCACAGGUUAUGGCAUCGCCCUGCAGAAAGGAUCCUACUGGAAACGCCUGGUUGAUCUGGCCAUACUGGGCAUCAUAGGAGAUGGCGAGAUGGAGGAGCUGGAGGCCCAGUGGCUGACUGGGAUCUGCCACAACGAGAAGAACGAGGUAAUGUCCAGCCAGCUGGACGUGGACAACAUGGCAGGUGUCUUCUACAUGCUGGCCACAGCCAUGGGCCUCUCCAUCCUCACCUUCAUCUCUGAGCACCUUUUCUACUGGAGGCUGAGAUACUGCUUCACAGGUGUCUGCUCUGGGAGGCCUGGGCUGCUCUUCACUAUCAGCAGGGGAAUAUGGAGCUGCAUCCAUGGUGUUCAUAUAGACAUGAAGAAAAAGAAUCCCGAACUCGACUUCAGUCCUCAAGCCAACAUGCUGCAUCUGCUCAAGUCCGCCAAGUCCGUGGCUUUGUCUUCUCCCAAACGCAACACUGUCCUCUUGCAGCCGAGCCUCCUAGAUGCGAUGACAGGGAAAGGUAACUCACUCCAUAGUCUGCCCCCGAAGGGUCCCGGUCUCUAUAGCAACGCCGCUGGUCCGCAGGGUUUCCUGUCAUUGUCCGGACGACACAAAAACCUCCUCAACAACGCUGCGCCAUUCCCCGUGCAGCAAAAAGGUCCCACUCUUCAGACCAGCCCCAACAAGCCCCAGCUGUCAAUCACCAACGACAACGGCAAGACCCGCCUCACCGGGCAGGCCUGCGCUGCUUCAAAACCUCGAGCCUUGUGGAAGAAAAGCGUGGAGACCCUGAAGACCCAGCCCACUGUCGUAUCUCAAGGCCCCGGCACAAGCCCCACGGCAGCAUCUGGACCUGGACCUCCGCAGAUGAAGAGUCAACGCUACCUUCCUGAAGAGCCGCCGCCGCACUCUGACAUCUCAGAGUGCUCCAGCCGGCCGCCAUCACACAAAGAUUCUGAUUCCAUGGGGGCGAGGGGCGGAUUCAAGCCUAUCAAUCAGCUGAGGAAAAGGGGUGGGGGAGGAGGGGGAGGAGGAUCCAAGAUCUACUCUAUUGACUCUGACCAGGCCAGUCUCCAGUCGGCUCCCCCCUACCAGCGAGACAGCCAGGGGGGAGGUGAUGACCACAGUUACCCCCCUGACCUGUUUCCACCUGACAGCACAUACCCGCACACACACUCCCACCAGGCAGACGCACCCAUUUUGCAGCUGAGUGCCAGCCUGCUGCACCACAGUCACAGCGCUGAGGCUGACUUGCACUCCCUGAAGGACAAGAAAUACAGCACCUACACACACAGCAGUGGGAAGGACAAGGCUGGGGGUUCAUUCGACGCUCCAGGUGCAGGACAGGGGACACAAGGCGUCAGGCCCGGUCACUGUCGCUCCUGCCUCACCAAGCUGAGCGGAUACUCCGGCCUUUACACUGUCCGCUCGGCUCAGGCCCGCUGCGACGCCUGCGCCCACCUGGGAAACCUGUACGACAUCAGCGAAGACCACCUGCACUCACACUACUCCCACACCCACACUCACCCACACAGCGGGGACAUGUUUACACACUACCUUCCCCAGAGCGAGCUGGGCCUGGUGGGGGAAGGGGACGGGCUAGUCAGCCACUUCGAGCCCUCCCCUUCCUCGCCGUCUCCUCUCCCCAGCUCCUCGUCGGCCCAGCACCUCCAGCUGAGUCGUCAGCAUUCCUACGAGAACGUGCUUCCGGACGGCAUUCCGGAGCGGCAGUCCCAGCAGCACACCCACCUGCGGGGGCUGAGCCUGCCUGACAGAGAUAGGGAGAGGGAGCUGACCCUGGACGAGGGGGCCUAUGCUAAUGUUCUCACAAUGCGCUCUGAUCGUCCCUUCAGCAGCCGCAGCCCACCGUCUCCGUCACCCUCCCACCACCAUAGUCUGGAUGCCCCUAUGCCCCUGCCGCGGCGCUCUAAGAGUCUCUUCCCAGAUCGCCCCUCUCACAAUCCUUUCCUCCAGUCAGCCCCUGGCACAGCACAACGAGAUCCAGCCCCCCAGGCCGUCACGCGCAUGCCACAGAGAAGUUCCACCCACGAGCUCUAUAAGCAACGAAUGCCGCUGUCGCUUACCCUCGGUAACCAUGGCAGCCAUCACAACAACCAGCAUGGCGGCCAUGUCGACCAACAGGUGUUCUACCCUCAGCAGGAGCCCCCUGUGGUUGCCUACAUGGUCCCACCUGCUGCCUCUCAGCCAAUGAGCUAUGUGACAGCGCCGCGGGCCUCGAGCGCAGGCGGCAACAGGCCCCGGCUCUACCGCCGCAUGCCCAGCAUCGAGUCUGACGUCUGAGGGUCACACGCGACACACUUACUCUCACAGAAACACACUAACACACACGCAUGCAAGAAAGAGGUGUGUGUGACCGGACCAGGCAGCUCUGAUUCUAAGCACAUAUACAGAAACACACACACACACAGACACACACACACCGGUGAAAAGAUGGUGAAAAGAAGUUCUGCUCUGGACUAAAAGGUUAGUGGUGAUGCUAAGUAAAUAAAUCAUUGUUUCUUUAUCACACCCUCCAUAGGGCAGGGCUGGGGCCACAGGGACACCUGGAGGCACAGUGCGAGAUGAAGAGUGUGUGUGUGAGUGUCAGUGUGUACUAGCCUCGAGCUGUGGGCAACGAGGCGCAAACUGACAAUAGGUCUGACAAGACAGAUCGAAUUCCUGGUGGAGUAAGAGGGACACAACGACAGCAGUGGGACCGGACGGAACAUAACGACAGUGUGUUUGAACGAAGAGCCGACUUGUCCCGCCCUCUCACCAGCCUCUUGGAGAUGAAGGGGACUCAGAAGACCCCCCCUUACUCUCUGAGAUUACACGCACACGCACACACACACACACACACACACACAUAUUUCACCUUAACACACCCGCCCCUCUCCAGGACUCUCCUGUUGCACUAUGAUUUCUACAGUCAACCCGUAUGUUGUCUGAGCCUCCAAACUGCACUGCCAGCAUGGCUUAAAGAGUAGUAAACUACACUAAAGUAAUCCUUGACUUGAAUGGAGAUUACUAUAUUUGUAAGAGACCAGACUGGGAUGGCGGGCAGCUGGUCCAGACAUAGGUCUGAGAAGUGUAUCAGCUCCUGCCCGCAGAUGUACAAACACUUGAACACACACGCACACACACACACACACACACACAAACACACAGGGAAAAGGUAAAAACUACCGACUGUUUGUUAUUGAUGAUGUCAGUUAAUUGAACAUUCCAAAAAGUGGACCAAACAUGGCCGCCAGUAAAAAGCCUACGAGGAUGACAGUGUGUGUUCCAGUGUUUCCAGAUCUAGAGACAUACGGUAUAGCAUCUUUGCUUCCUCUCUUAGCUAGCCUUCAGGUCAUACUGCAUGCUUCCUACUGCCCUGUGUUACAGUUAAACUCCUAUACAGGGUCAUAUAUGCACACGCAUACACACCCACACACACACACACACACACGCACAUGCACACAUACACACGCACAUAGGCAGUAGUCUAGAAUAGUAGUUUAGGGUGGGUGUGUGUGUGUCGAAGCUAUGAGAUAGCUUCUCUUUGUGCACUUUGUAGAUUUUAUACCCUGCCACCUAACACAGACGUUUGACCAAAAACACUUUUAUACUGAAAAAUAUGAAUAUUCUCCAUCAUUCGCUGGGUAGAUGUUUUCUUUUCUCUUAUUUCUCUUUGACAUUGGGUUUUAGGGCACCAUUAGGGACACAGUUCUGUUAGUUUCCAUUGUGAGGUCAGAAGUUUUACAGUGUUAGAUAAUGGGUACAGCAUCAUGCAGUAUACAAACACCAACUCUUUCUCUUCUUUUUUAAAACCUGUUCCGAGCUCAGCGCUCCUCCUCCUCCAGCCUUUUCCCCUCUGCCUACAUCAGCUUUUGUUUAUUCUCUUAAUUAAAUCCUUUGUCUUUUUGCUCCCUCCCUGCUUCCUUCUACUCAGUAGAUUGAAUAUCAGCAGAAGUUCAGUCGUGUGCUUAAAACUCAGCAUAUUCUUGGAAAUCACUUAAUAUCAGUAGUCGUAAGAACUCAUCAAACUCAGCACAGGCUUCUCUUAGGAUACAGUGCUAAUAACUUUCUGUGCUGAACAAAAGAACUCGAGACCCGUUUUAAUGUCUCCGUAGUGAAUUUAGACACUGAGUGUAUCGCUGUUGCAGACUUACUCAUCAAAUUAAUACUCCUGGACGAGCUGGUACUUGUGUGGUUCUCUGUUGGCGAGAGCACAGCACCGUGUUGCAGCAGAGAGUCACAUGGCUGAGCAGAGAGUUUGUAAAGUGACUCGUUACAGAGGCAUCACUCACACACACACUCACACACACACACACACAAACGAACACACUCGACAAGCUGGCAAUGUGUGUAUGAGUGUUCUAGAAAUCCAUAAUCUACUCAGUAAAGGCAUUGAUUUUUGAGCACAAGGAUUUUGAUGGAAAAAGGACUUGAUAUCCCAUUAGCUGAGCGUCUGUCUCUAUUCUCUUUCUUUCUGUUCUUUAUUCUCUCUCUUUCACACACACAUACACACACACACACACACACACACACACACACACACACACAAACAUAUAUAUCUAUAUAUAUUGGCUGCAAAGAAUGCAAACAGUGUGAACAAAAAAAUGCACCUUUGAACGGUGAACACUGCCCCUCUUUUGGUUUGGUGUGUGAGUUAUAUGCACAAUAUCAGGUUGCAAUAUUAUACUUCUGUACAGAGAAAUAUUUGUUUUAAAUGUUAGAAACUGAUUUCGUUUGUUUGAUUUGAAUGGUAAUAAGUGUUGAAUUCAUUUCAAUAACAACGUGGCUUUUUAAUUCUGCUUCUUUCAAAAAAAAAAAAAAAAACAAAAAGACUGGCAUGUUUUUAGAUUCUUGUGUUUUUAUUUUCCCCCCCUCCAUCCCCCUUCUGGCGUGUUGUUGGUUGGGACCUCACUGUACAGUCCUCACUGCUGGGUUAGCAGACUAGUUAGCUAUCCUCGGUCGGACUAACCAGUUAACUAGCAACACGUAGCUGGGUCUCUCAUGUGAAUCACACUCAAUGGAUAAUGAUAGUCCAGCCUGUGUGGUUAGUACGAACCCCCUCCCACCCACAUGGUUCUCUUCCACUACGAGUCUGUGCUGUUUCACCUCUGAGCGUGAGUGAGCGAGCCUGUGUGUGUGUGUGUGUGUGUGUGUGUGUUUUACACCGUGCAGGCAUUUAUAUAAGACAGAGGAUGAUCUGUGUAUUGAGAGGUUGUUUGUGGUGUGUGCGUGUGUGUGUGUGUGUGUGCGUGUGUGUACUUUUCUGUACUCUUUUCCCUUCGUCCCACACAUAACAUUUGACCUGGCUCUUACUCAUAUAACACAAACACAGUUACAAACACACGCACACACGCAAACACACACACACAUGUUGCGUCUGUACUGUUGUGGUUAACGAGAGCAUGAAGAAUGAGUUUUGUGUGUCCACCAUCACAGAGAUUUUUACACAAACCUUUUCUUUGAUUAUUUUUUGGGGAUUUUUUUUUCUAUUUUUUUUUUUUUUUUUGAUUUUUGAAAUUGCAUGACGUGCUUGUGUUUCUGGUGGUACAUAUUUUGCUGCAACACCUGAGUUCUCCCUGAGUAGACCCCCUGGGCUACAUGCACCAACGCUACCCUCCACCGUGGUUAGCGCGACAUGUCGGACUCGAGCCCCGGAUGCUCAAACGCUCCCGACUUCUGACCUGUGAUUUCACCAGUAUGGCGCCCAGCUGGCUCCUGCACAACGCCAGCCGCCAUUGAGGAACGUGUGGAAAAUAUUCCCAGGCUCAGCACGGGUCUUAGUUUGGCCCUGGUGUGCACAUGUUAUAUACAGUACAGUGUGGAAGGAGUGCGUUGGUGUGUAGUCCUCUGGGUCUCCCUGCUGUGUAUCUCACUUGUGUAUAAGUUCAGGGGUUUCUAAGCUACUAGUUGUGUUGUAAAUACUACCUUGUCACUCAGUACCUCUGUACAAUCUGUAAAUAAGUAAAGGUUACAUUUUUCUAC